AUGAAUCGUAUAAAAAAAUUCGCUUAUUUGGGAGGUGGCUUAUUUAUGUUCGGUGUCUUUUUUGGAUUUAUGAUAUUUCCCAAAAUCUUAAAGAUUGAAAUCCACAAACAAGUAAAUUUGAAACCUGGAACUGAUGUUCGAGACGUGUGGAGCAAGAUUCCCUUUGCACUUGAUUUUAGAGUUUAUUUAUUCAAUGUAACAAAUCCAGAUGGAAUUAAAAACGGUGAAAAGCCUAUUCUUCGUCAAGUUGGCCCAUAUUACUUCGAAGAAUGGCAUGAAAAGGAUAAAUUAAUUGACUCUAAUAAAGACGACACAGUCGAGUAUUCAACGAAAAAUACAUACAUUUUCAAGGCAGAAAAAAGUCACGGACUCACUGGUGAGGAAGAACUUGUGCUUCCUCAUAUUUUUAUUUUGUCGUUAGUAAUGGCCGCUGUACGAGAAAGACCUUCGGCAAUGCCUAUCAUUAAUAAGGCGGUUAAUAGUAUGUUCAAAAAUUCUGACAAUGUUUUUGUCAAAACAAAAGCUAUGGAUUUGAUAUUUAGAGGAUUGCCAGUUGACUGUUCUGUAACUGAUACCGCCGCAACUGCUGUCUGCAACGUAGUAAGAGAAAACUCCGAUGCAUUUAUUGUAGAAGACGAAAAUCAUUUUAAAUUUUCUCUUCUUGGAACGAAAAACGGCACAACAAGUAAAGAUCGCACAAAAGUUCUGCGAGGAGUAAAAAAACAAGCUGAUAUCGGCAGGGUCAUCGAAUUCAAUGGAAAGACGAAAAUAUCGAAAUGGAAUGAUACAUUCUGUGAUAGUUUUAAUGGCACCGAUAGCUACAUAUUUCGUCCAUACCUAUAUAAGGACGAUGAUAUUGUAACAUAUGCUCCUCCUAUUUGUCGCAGUUUGAGUGCUUACUAUGAAAAAGAAACUAAGGUGUUGGGUAUACACACUAAUCGUUACACUGUAUGGUUGGGAGAUUCAAGCACUAUUCCACAGCAAAAAUGUUAUUGUCCAGCAAGUGGUUGUCUCAAGGCAGGAGUGAUGGACCUCCACAAAUGCAUUGGUGUUCCACUUGUAGCUUCACACCCACACUUAUGGAGAGCUCAUAAUUCGUAUUUGAAGAUGGUCGACGGUCUUAACCCAACUUAUGAGGAACAUGCAAUCCAAAUUGAUUUUGAGCCAUUCUCUGGUACGCCUAUAGCAGGAAAGAAACGAAUGCAAUUUAACAUAAUGAUUCAUCCAGUGGAGAAAUUCAAAAUUAUGAAAAACUUUCCUGAAGCUUUAUUGCCACUGUUUUGGAUCGAGGAAGGAUUUCUUCUAUCUGAUGAAUUAGCUAGUCAAGUCAAGUUGCUUCACAGAGUUCGCGGAAUUGUGAAAACUAUGUCAAUAAUGAUGAUACUAGGUGGAUUAGGCAUAUCAGGUUAUGCUGGAUUUAUGUUCUAUCAAGAGAAACAAACCAUGAAAAUUGACGUGACGAAAGUAGCAUCAAAAAAUAAAAAUAAUAAUGUUGCUCUCAGUGUAACGAAUGUUGAGAAUAAUGGUAACACUAACGCAAAUAGGUAUCCAUUGAAAAAUAGCAAUUUGAAAACAGUCAAAGUACCACCAGCUGUUGAUUAA